ACUAGAUUGCUGAAGUAUUAUUUGAUUAUAUUAUCAUUAAAAUCCUCUUUACAAUGUAACAAGACAGAUUCUCAAUAUGGCAUGUUUCAUUUCAAUAGAAUCACUAGGCUAGAAAUGAAGGGUAAAGUUAAAAUAGUGAAUAUAUAUAUAUAGACAUUUUUAUAUCCUCCAAAAGUCUGAUCUUAAUUUUGCGUGAAGACGAGGGAUUCCCCACACACUUCCUUUUUUGCAGCAAUAUAAACCCAGAGACAACAUCAUUCAGUUUCAGUAGACACCAGCCGACCACAGCCAACACAGACUCAAGAUGCCUUUCAAGCCACACUACCUGUUGGUGUCCCUGACUCUCUGCUGGUUCGUGGCUCUUCAAGCAUUCCCCAUGAACGGCUGUGCUGCAUGUCAGAAGUGUCGCUGCAUCCGGACGUCCUCUGCUUUCAUCUCUCCUCGGCUGUUCCACAGGAUAGAGAUCCUACCUCCAGGUGCCCACUGUCGUCAAACAGAGAUCAUCGUUACCAAGAAGGACAAAGCCACCGUCUGUGUGACUCCAGAUGCACGAUGGAUCAACAAAGUCAUUGUCAAGUUACAAAGUACCAACAAGAGGAAGAGAAGUGUAGAACUUCCCCAUCUCAACCACCAUUGAGUGAAUUGGAACAGGAAUGUAUCAAGUUGGAGCUAAAUGGAAAUGUGAUACCAAUGUGAUACCAAUGUGAUACCAAUGUGAUACCAAUGUGAUGCCAAUGUGAUACCAAUGUGAUACCAAUGUGAUGCAAAUGUGAUACCAAUGUGAUACCAAUGUGAUGCAAAUGUGAUACCAAUGUGAUACCAAU